AUGGCUCAGUACAGGCAAUCGGGUCAGCAUUACUCCAACGGCGGCACCCCGGCGGAUCACGUCUCCAUUGGGGUUCGGGCGUCUUCCUCGCAGCAACAGCAGCUCCUGCAGCACAAGCCCGGGGGUCGGGUCCGCCGAUCUGGUCGAUCCGAUAAGAGCAGGUCCGGCAGCUUCUCCAUUGGCGCCGUGAUUGUUUUCCUCUGCCUGGUGCUUGUGGUCACUGGGCUGGCUUAUAAUUACUUGUCUGCUGAGGAUAAAGGUGUUGGUAGUGAAAUAGAUGAUCCUCAUGUUGAAGAUGACGAUAUGAAGAGUGACCUUGAUUUUCUUACAAAUGUGACACGUACAGAUUCGGUUAAAGUCCUUGAGUUUGGUAAAGGUUCGGUAUCGCAUGGCAGAGAUUCUAGGUACUGGGAUAAGGACGAUAGGAGAAGGGAUGAUGAUUAUGACGAAGAUGAUGUAGCGCAUACAGGCAAGGGUUCUACUGGUGGAUCUGCUCAUGAGGAACACAAUGUCAAGCCGAAAACAUCCCAGAGUUAUGAUUCUAAGGGAUUGGAUAAAAAAGGAUCUGGGUUGUACAAUGAAAAUGGGCGUAAAGAACUGAUAAAGUAUGAAGCACAGUAUGAGGCUUCGAUAAGGAGUGUGGGGCAAUCGACAGCUCAAAAUGGUGGAAGAAGUCAGUUACUUGAGGAUGAUGAUCUGGAAGAGCAGAAUGAGGCUGGUGAUAGUGAUAACGAAUAUGACGAUGGUAUCGAUUCUCAUGAUUCUCGUGGAAAUGGGCGCCACUCUGAUGAAUUCACCAGAGAGUCUUCUAAUGUUUUCCCUGCUAAAGGUAAGGAUCAACUCAUUGGCAAAGAGAUUAAGGAAACUUCUCAGGGUACAUCUGAUAAGGGGUCGAGAUCAAGUUCUGUAGUAGUCAAUACUGAUUCGUAUCCUCAGCAUGCAAAUGGAAAUGGACAGAGUUCGAGUAAAUCAAAGUCUGAUUCGAAGAAAAGGCCAAGGCGACGCAAAUUUUCUGGGUCCUGUGAGAUGAAGUUUCUGAACUCUACUACUCAACUUGUGGAGCCUUUUGAAAAUAGAAAGUUCUCAAGAUUUUCCCUCCAAUAUGCUGACAUGGAGGAAAAUUCUGGAGGAGAGGCACUUUGGGAACCUAGAUUUGCAGGGCAUCAGAGCCUAGAAGAAAGGGAGGAAUCUUUUUCAGCACGUGAUCAGAAAAUAAAAUGUGGUUUUGUCAAAGGUCCUGAAGGCUAUCCGAGUACAGGAUUUGAUCUGUCGGAAGAUGAUGCAAACUAUAUCAGUAGAUGCCACAUUGCUGUCAUCUCUUGCAUCUUUGGAAAUUCGGAUCGCCUAAGGUCACCUUUCAGCAAGGCGGUCACUCGUUUGUCAAGGAAAAAUGUUUGCUUUGUCAUGUUUGUGGACGAAGCUACAUUGCAGACACUAUCUUCUGAGGGCAAUAUGCCAGACACGGCAGGAUUUGUUGGUCUGUGGAAGGUUGUACUGGUGAAGAAUUUACCUUAUACUGAUAUGCGGAGGGUUGGUAAAAUACCGAAAUUAUUGCCACACAGGCUGUUCCCUUCUGCGAGAUAUUCAAUCUGGUUGGAUAGCAAGUUACGCCUACAACUUGAUCCUCUUUUGGUCCUGGAGUAUCUCUUGUGGCGUAAAGGUCAUGAGUAUGCCAUUUCCAAUCACUAUGAUCGCCAUUGUGUGUGGGAAGAGGUUGUACAGAAUAAAAGGCUGAACAAGUACAAUCACACUGUAAUAGACGAGCAAUUCGCCUUCUACCAAUCAGAUGGGCUGACGAAAUUCGAUCCCUCUGAUCCUAACAAGCUUCUUCCGAGCAAUGUACCUGAAGGAUCAUUAAUUGUGAGAGCACACACCCCCAUGUCGAAUCUGUUCUCCUGUCUAUGGUACAAUGAGGUUGAGCGCUUUACUCCCCGUGACCAGCUGAGCUUUGCCUAUACGUACCAGAAGUUGAGAAAGAUGAAUCCCAGCAAACCGUUUUACUUCCAUAUGUUCAAGGAUUGUGAAAGGAGAGCCAUAGCUAAGUUGUUUCGUCACAGAACAGAAGAGAAGCGACUCGGGAGUGAAGCCAGGAGAUGA